CGUCUGUAGGAUGAGCAAUGCGGGAACCGACGGAGGAGGAGGAGGCGGCGGAGGAACAGGAGCCGGAGUACCGCCCACAACGCCACCGCCCACUGGUCAUGGAUCCACUCGCCGACUGAGCCACCUAUCCGGCAGCACUCGAUCGGGAGGAGCCGCCGCCAUGGGCAACGUGGUGGGCUGGCUGAAGCAGGCUUCCAUCGAAGUGCGUGACGCAGGCACCAGGACCCUGUCGAUGCUGCAGAGCAGCAACCCCAACUUCCGGUCUCUGGACUUGUCCCUGGGCACGCCCACUUCCCUAACGCCCACCUCGAGCGACGCUCCCGUGACCACGGCCAGUGCCACCGCUUCCUUGAGCGGAUCCACGUUGCAAUUCGGUCCGGACGAAGUCGAGGACUCUAAGGGCAGUCAGUCUCUGACACCGCUGGACGCCCGUGAACUACUGACCCGGCCAACGCGAGCAUACGCCUCCGUCAGCCAGCCACAAAGUCCGCGGCAUCGCGGAUCCGGUUCUGGUUCCCUAUCCGGUAUCGGCUUGAGAGGCACCACCCACGGCCUGACCGGACGCUCCACAUCGAUAUCCUCGCAGCUGGAGAAGACCAAGAAGCUGCUGAAAAUGACAGAGGGCGAGGACAAGCCCCUGACCAUUCUGCACUAUAACGAUGUCUACAACAUCGAGUCCAUGGCGGAGACGGAGCCCGUUGGCGGAGCGGCAAGGUUCGCCACCGCCAUCAAGAGCUACGCCCACCUGAAUCCUCUGGUGCUCUUCAGCGGAGACGCCUUCUCGCCCAGCAUGUUGAGCACCUUCACCCAGGGCGAACAGAUGAUUCCAGUCCUCAACUCGGUGGGCACGCACUGCGCCGUCUUUGGAAACCACGAUUUUGAUCAUGGUCUGGAUGUGCUGGUUAAACUCAUCAAACAGACAGAGUUCCCCUGGCUCAUGUCCAACGUGGUGGACAACGAAACUGGACGUCCUCUGGGUGGCGGCAAAAUCUCCCACUUCAUCCUCCACAACCAGAUCUCCAUCGGUCUGAUCGGGCUGGUGGAGCGCGAGUGGCUGGAAACGUUGCCCACCAUCGACCCCAACGAGGUGACCUACAUCGACUACGUGGAGGCGGGCAAUCGGCUGGCCCGAGAGCUAAGGAACGAGGGCUGCGACCUGAUCAUAGCCCUCACCCACAUGCGCACUCCCAACGACAUAAAUCUGGCCAAGAAGUGCAUCGGCAUCGACAUCAUCCUUGGUGGACACGACCAUGUCCGGGAGGUAACCGAGAUCAAUGGCAAGAUGAUCGUGAAGUCGGGCACGGACUUCCAACAGUUCUCUGUGAUCACCAUGGAAAGGGACCCCGCCAACCGGGAGAAGUUCACCACGGACGUCAAGUGCGUGGAUGUGACGGCCAAGAUUCCCGAAGAUCCGGACCUCAAACAGGAGCUGUCAAAAUAUGCCAAGUUCAUCGAAAGUAAGCUGUCGGAUGUGAUGGGAGUCUUCAGUGUGGAGCUGGACGGACGCUUCUCGCGGGUUCGCACCCAGGAAACGAAUCUGGGCAACUGGGUGUGCGACGUGGUGCUGGCUGCCGUUGGCGCCGAUGUGGUCAUCCUGAAUGGCGGCACCUUCCGGUCGGAUCGCGUCCAUCCAGUGGGAGCCUUUACCAUGGGCGAUCUGGUCAACGUUAUUCCCAUGCGGGAUCCCCUGAUCCUGCUCGAGGUGAGCGGCCGAGUCCUGUGGCAGGCGCUGGAGAAUGGCGUGUCAGCGUAUCCCAAGCUGGAGGGUCGCUUCCCCCAGGUGGCUGGUAUCAGUUUCGCGUUCGAUCCGCAGGCGGAUCCUGGAAAGCGCAUAGAUCCGCAGUUGAUCCAGGUGGGCGACGAGUACCUCAACCUGGACCAGACCUACAAGCUGUGCGUCAAGAGCUACAUCUUCAUGGGCUGCGAUGGAUACACCAUGUUCAAGGAUGCCACUGUGCUGAUGGAUGACGAUGCCUGUCCUGAGCUGGGCAUCACGCUGCAGAAUCACUUCAAGGCCAUUAACUCCCGGAAGUGUGGCCAAAACACCAAGCAUCGUCAGUCCUUGGUGACCCUGUCCCGGAGGCACAGUCUGGUGCAGUGCCUGGACAGCAUGGAUCUGGACGGACCUUCGCCCAUUCGCAAGCUGUCGGUGGGUCAUCACAACAAGUCCAUGGAUCUGACGCAUGGCAAUUCCCAAAAGAUGCUUCGACGCGCCUCCCUGGACGACCUGGAGCAGUCCACCUGCGAAUUGGCGCCCCAACUGGAGCACCGCAUCAUUAUGAUCCAAAACGAAGAGCACCAUCGCCAGUUGCUGUUCAAGAAGGAGACGCACAUCAUGAACUCCACAAUCACCGAGGCGGAGGACGAUUACAAGAGAGUAAGACAACUUGAUUGUAGGGCGGCAGGGUCCGAUGAGGAGAGGAAGAUUUGAUCAUGUCUUGAGCGACGUGAAGAUAUAGCAGUUAGAUAGUUAGGUAGUUGCUCUAUUUAUUGCCGUUGUUGUUAGCCCUUUUUGUUCUGUUUGGCCAUAAGUUUUGAACUCGCUAUUCGGAUAUUGUAAGUACCGUAAGUGUAUGUGUAGUGAGGACGUGUACCUAAGCCUACCACUAGUUUAAUUUACCUUUAAUUAGAUAAAUGAUUUACACCGCCAACUGAUUAUAGUAAUUACUGAAUCGCCCAUAUGUUUUGUGAUCUAGAUAAACGAGUUUGAGCCGAGCUUUGAGGUUCCUUAGAUACUUCGAUCGAAUAGCCGAUUUUAAUUACCCGAGUCCAGAGUUAGCCUAAGACCGCAGUCCAGCACUAAAGGUUGUACGGAUAGGGACGCAACUGGGCCUCACUCAGCAAAUGUAAAGUGAAUGUAAAGCAAUAUUUUAGAGAAUGCACCUGCAAAAGUUAAAUCCCUGCCAAAGUGCGGGAGAACAUGUAUAUUUUUAUGGACACUUUUGGAGCGCUUGAACCACAGCAGAGCAGACAUUAUUUUUAGAGAAGAACCACUCAUGGAUACAAUGGCUUUAAUUCAUAGAGUUCCUCGAACUUGAACCUCGUACCACACCCAGUACAGCCAGCACGCGAGCCGGAGGGAACGUGUUUGUCCAGUGAAGCAAUCUGAUUGAUGACUGGAAGGCGGAAGCCAGGCAGAAGCCACCCAUCUCAAUUAAACAAAAGUUAAACAAUAAGUAGAGGAAGCCUACCUAUGUGUACUCCAUGCUUAGACCGAUUGUCCAUGCUUAGAACGUAUAGUUAACUAAAGUGAACAAUAUACAGGCUCAACUUGCACCUGAUUAUUAACAGAAACACACUAAAAUUAUAGAGGACACAUGCGUAUAAAUAUAGACACAAAUAUAUAUAUAGAUAUCGUACAUCUUUUCAAUCUUCUCUCACAAGAACGCUUGCCAACUACGAAGACAAGAACUUCUAAACUUUCGUCUUUCAAACUAUUUUGCAAUGGAAAAAACGCAUUUGUGUAUAUUGAACGAAGUACAUUGUUUUAUGUAAACAUUUAUUAAAAUACAUAAACUAUAUGUAACGGGA